GCACCGACAUCCUCCUCCAGAACGGGGUGCGGGUGACGCUGUUCGAGGCCAGGAAUCGUGUAGGGGGCAGGGUGCACCAGGAGAAGAUCCACGAUCAUCUGAUAGACAUGGGCCCCAAUUGGAUUCACGGCACGGGGAAGAACCCGAUCGCGGCCGUCGCAGAGGCAACGGGGACCGUCCUCGAGGACUUCGAGGGCAAUCAAGCCGUGAUUGCCGCGGACGGGCAGGUGGUGGACGAUGAGCUGGCGUGCAAGGUCUCCGAGGUCCUGUGGACGACCAUCGCCAAGGCCUUCGAGUACAGCAACACCCACAAAGAGACCAUCCCCGCGGAUCGAAGCCUGCUGGACUUUCUCCAGGAAGAGGUCGACAAGACCGAUCUCAGCGCCGAAGAGAAAGCCCUCUGCAUCGAAACCAGCAGGUUGUGGGGCGCGUACGUCGGCGAUCCCAUCGAACGACAGAGUCUGAAGUUCUUCUGCCUGGAGGAAUGCAUCGAUGGCAACAACUACUUCGUGGCCUCCACAUACAAGGACAUCCUCAAGCACGUCGCUCGGGCUGCCCUCCAGCACGCCGACAUCCGCUUCCACCAGCCCGUCGUGAAGAUCGAAUCCGACUCGCGACCCGAUCUCCAAUCCGCCGGCAAAGUCACCCUGACCACCGCAGGCGGCGAGUCCUUCCAGUUCGACGAAGUGGUGGUGACCUGUCCCCUCGGCUGGCUGAAACGCAACAAGGCAUCCUUCUCGCCCUCCCUCCCUUCGCGUCUCCUGCAAGCCAUCGACAGCAUCUCCUACGGCCGCCUGGAGAAAGUGUACGUGACCUUCCCCCGCGCCUUCUGGCACGCCGACCCCAAACCCGAGACAACAUCAAAACCCUCCAGCUUCGAGAACCCGACCUUCACCCAGUUCCUCAACCCGGACUAUACCCCCCACCCCGACAACAUCCUCUGGAACCAAGAAUGCAUCUCCCUGGCCGCCCUCCCCGCUUCCUGCGCCCACCCCACCCUCCUCUUCUACACCUUCGGCCCCUGCGCCACCUACCUCGUCUCCCAACUCGCCCACCUGCCCCCCUCCCCCUCCCCAGAAUACACCUCCUUCCUCGACAACUUCCUCCGCCCCUUCUACUCCCGUCUCCACGGCUACAACCCCUCCAACCCAGACUGCCAACCUCUCGCCUUUGCCGCCACAACAUGGCAAAAUGACCCCUACGCCGGAAACGGCUCCUACUGCAAUUUCCAGGUCGGGCUCACCCACGGAGACCGCGACAUCGAGGUCCUCCGCGCCGGGCUUGGCCCGGACCGCGGCGUCUGGUUUGCGGGCGAACAUACCGCGCCGUUUGUUGCGCUGGGGACCACCACCGGUGCGUAUUGGAGUGGGGAGCGCGCUGCCGGCCAGAUCUGUGCGUUGUAUGGCCUGGGGAGGUUGGGCAUUGGGUUGGAGAGGGAUGAUUCGUUGCCGUCUGCAUUGCCGAAGGGGCUUUUGUAAUGCCUUUUCCUUCCUUCCUUCCUUCCUUCCUUCCUUCCUUCCUUUCUGUAUCUCUUUGACCGGCCGUCUCUUUUGCCUCUCUCCCCCCUCCCUGUCCCCUGCGUUUGUCUUUUAUGUGUUGCUGUUGGAUAUGGAGUUGGAGAUGGAGAUGUGUUUCUUUAGAUGUGAUUUCUUUUUGAAGGAUAAAGGGGGGGGGGGGG